CUCCUGGAGAAGGGACGUACAGAUCCGGGACUGGUUCGAAGCUCUUUUCCCUUUGGAGAUCAUCCGGAGCAGCUCGGAGGAUGUUGGGUAAAUAAAUAUCAGGACGCACACAGCUCACCCACGUUGUGUAUCCCCCCCACCUCCACACAAGACAACACAAAACCACCACACAACCUCUCCAAGGCGCGCAGGAACCAGAAGAACCGGGAUUGUUGCCACUGAGCUAUCUGCGGGGAAUCGAACGCACGGAGGAAGGUGUGAAGCCGAAUGACACGCAACGUGGUCCGGGUUGAAUCCAGCGUGUCCUCCACAGGGGAGACUCUCAUCCUGAAGUGAAGGCAGAGGUGAGAUCGGACCGGAGGUGGACCCAGUCCUGCAGAACUCACACCUCGGUUUGGGUUCCAGACCCGUUCCCUUUGCAGGACUCGUUUCUUCCUCCAGGACGCGACUCCGUGCCGAGCAGCGUGUUUAUGGAUCCUUGCGCAGCGACGCGCACCGGGACUCUCAGGCUUCGCGGAUGCCUUCCUGCAAACUUUAAUAGAUGUUUGCAUUAAUAACUCACUGAUAAAGAAGAUUUCAAAACCAAAACGAGCGCAGAUAAACUCACCCUGACCUCUGGAGGAAGUGGGAAGCGCCUUUUUUAUUCCUCGUGUCCUUCCUCUUUUUUCCUUUUUCCUCCCCAAGACGUCAGGACGGAUCUCUACCCCCCCACCCAGUCUGACUCUUCUGUGUGUGAUUUUUAAACAAAGAUCCCCCCCCCCAAAAAAAAGUGUUGGGAGGAUAGCAUGGCAAUGGUAGUAAACCAGUGGCCAGAGAACAUUUCCGCAGAUCCGGGCUCGCAGCUCCAGAUCUGCGGCCAGGAGCCCGGCGGGGCACCGGGGACCCCCAACGGGUCCACGCCGGGGAACGAUGCGCUUUCCGGGGACAAGAUGUCCAACGUGGACUGCAUGGUGUGCGGGGACAAGUCCAGUGGGAAGCAUUACGGCCAGUUCACCUGCGAGGGCUGCAAGAGCUUCUUCAAGCGCUCGGUGAGGCGGAACCUCACUUACACCUGCCGGGGGAACCGCGACUGUCCCAUCGACCAGCACCACCGGAACCAGUGCCAGUACUGCCGGCUGAAGAAGUGCCUGAAGGUGGGCAUGCGGAGAGAAGCAGUACAACGAGGACGCACAUCCAACUCCCAGACCAGCCCGGGACAGUACCUGACCAACGGCAGCGACCCGUACAACGGCCAGCCCUACCUCUCCGGGUUCAUCUCGCUGCUGCUGCGCGCCGAGCCCUACCCCACGUCCCGCUACGGAGCCCAGUGCAUGCAGGGAAACAACCUGAUGGGCAUCGAGAACAUCUGCGAGCUGGCGGCCAGGCUGCUGUUCAGCGCCGUCGAGUGGGCCAAGAACAUCCCCUUCUUCCCGGACCUGCAGCUCAUGGACCAGGUGGCGCUGCUGCGUAUGUCAUGGAGCGAGCUCUUCGUCCUGAACGCCGCCCAGUGCUCCAUGCCGCUGCACGUUGCUCCUCUGCUCGCCGCCGCCGGCCUGCACGCCUCGCCCAUGUCCGCCGAGCGCGUGGUGGCCUUCAUGGACCACAUCCGCGUCUUCCAGGAGCAGGUGGAGAAGCUGAAGGCUCUGCAGGUGGACACGGCCGAGUACUCCUGCCUCAAGUCCAUCGUGCUCUUCACGUCCGAUGCCAUGGGUCUGUCCGAUGUGGCCCACGUGGAGAGCAUCCAGGAGAAGUCCCAGUGCGCCCUGGAGGAGUACGUGAGGAACCAGUACCCCAGCCAGCCCAACCGCUUCGGACGCCUCCUGCUGCGCCUGCCCUCCCUGCGCAUCGUCUCCUCCCCCGUCAUCGAGCAGCUGUUCUUCGUGCGCCUGGUGGGCAAGACCCCCAUCGAGACUCUGCUCCGCGACAUGCUGCUCUCGGGCUCCAGCUACAACUGGCCCUACAUGCCCGCCGUGCAGCGCGAGCGGCCCAUCUCCCUCCACUACAACGAGAACGGCCCCUGAGGUGGAGAGAGAGACAGAGAAUGUUUCAGGCUCUUGCUACUCGUCUGUCCAUCUUCACUUCUCUUCAUUCUCUGCGUUCAGUUUCUCAGCUCUCCCAGAGGAAUGCGCCCUUCCCCUCGCCAUUCCACUCAAACCCUCCGCUCGGACGGGACAGUCCGUUACCGUCCAGGUCACACACGCCAGCCAAUCACUCACCUCGGGCGCCGCAGGACCCUGCUGGCCCGCUGCAGCCCCCCCCCACCACCCGACGGCGUCAUCUCCAGUUGAGAUGUGGAGCUCGAGCUGGACUGGUUGGUCGAACGGGUUAUUGCACAGUUCACCAGCAGGUCUGUUGGACUCGCUUCAGAUGUCACGUUACACAAACCCCCGAUGCAAACAGAGGCAGCAAAAGACUAAAAACAGAUUUGCUCGACUGUCGGUGCUAUGCCUUCAUCUGCAGAGGCUGUGAACCAUGAAUACCGAGCAAGGGCUUUGCCAAUGAGACUCUACCACCGAGAGCACAAGCCCCCAAACUUUUGAAAAGAAAACCAGAAGCCAUUAAAAAAAAUAAACUACAAAAAAA